UUUAACUUCCAACUUAGGUUUAAUGUGAACGGGCAGAAUUAAGAAUUGUCUGCUAGUCUCUUAUAUUCUGCAUCUCUUCCCUUUUAGGUAUUAUGUUGGUCUAUUGGCUCUGAAAUUUUUACUGUGCAGAGAGGGCAGAUAAAAGAAAGAAAGAUGGGUUUGCGAGAAAAAUGGAUUAGUUCAAGUGAGUGAAUUGGGUGCCCUCUUCUUCAUAAACCCUUUGGGAAAUUGGAGGCGGAAUGGCCAGAGACAUGAAUUCAUUCUCACUCCUUCCGGAGGACGAUCAGGGCGACAACGAUCUCACAGUCCUCCUGGAGGCUGCGAAGAAUACCAAGUCUCAAAAGAAAACCCCUUCUGAUGAUAAUGCUAUCAAUGCCAAGCAGCCACAAGCUGCUAAACUUACCUCCAAACCUCUUCCUCCUGCAGAGGCUGGUAAAAGUCACUUGAGGGCAGAGAGAGGAAGAGGAAGAGGACCUGGGCGUGGGCGUGGACGAGGUGGAGGGCGCUUUGGUGGUGGGGAUCAUUUUGAGGGUGGUGGAGAGUAUGGCAAUGGAUUUGGCUUUGGAGGGGGCCCUGGUGGAGGAAGAGGUGGCUUUGGGGAAGAUGGUGGUGGCUUUGGAGGGGGCCGAGGUGGAAGAAGAGCUGGCUUUGGGGAGGACAACAGUGGCUUUGGAGGGGGCCGAGGUGGAGGAAGAGGUGGCUUUGGGGAAGAGGAUGGUGGUGAUUUUAGAGGCAGAGGACGUGGAAGGGGCAGGGGUUCCCGAGGUGGUGGUCGCUUUGGGGGCAACCGCGGUGGCUCUGGCCCUGAUGAUGCAAAUGGGUUUGACAAUCCUACGCAGCAGUUUGAAUCUGAUGCACCUGCAGGCCAGUGGGAGGCUGCUGAAGGAUCAUAUGAUGAGAAAAAAAAUAUAGAGCCUGAAAUUAAGAAGCCUGAAGAAGAGGUUACUCAAGAGAAUGACAUGGAAAACAAAGAGGAGAAAAAGGAGGAAGAAGACAAGGAAAUGACACUUGAUGAAUAUGAGAAACUGUUGAAUGACAAAAGAAAAGCGUUGGAAGCUUUAAAAAAUGAGGAAAGAAAAGUUGUUGUGGACAGGGAUUUUGAGUCUAUGCAACUUGUUGAAAAAAAGAAAGAUGAUGGCAUUUUCAUCAAAGUGAACUCAGAAAAGGAUAGACUAAGAAGGAAGGAGGCUAUUGAAAAGGAAGAUAAAGUUCGUAAGGCUGUGAGCAUAAAUGAGUUUCUGAAACCUGCCGAUUUUGAGAGAUAUGGCGCUCGUGGGCGUGGGCGUGGACGUGGACGAGGUCGAGGGAAUGGUGGCUUUACUGGAGCUAGGGGAGGAUAUGGAGGGAGUUACAAUGAUGCUGAUCAGGUUGCUGCUCCUCACAUUGAGGAUCCUGUGCAGUUUCCUGUACUUGCUGGGAAGUAACUUUAUCAGCAUCACUCAGUAAAAUUUUUGCUAGUUAUAUUUUACUAUCUUUUGUGUAACAAUUACCAAGAUGGAGUUCUCAGUGAACAAGGAUCACUGUUAGAGAGAAAAAGAUUAUACUGAGAAUCUCUGAAUUUUCUAAAUGGGAGUUAAUAUUCUAUUGCAGUUGGAAGAUUUUUAGAAAUUUUAACAGAAACUUAAGUUAUUUUAUCAUUGUGAACUGGAAAGGUUAUUCCUAAUUAGUGAUUAGGAAGAAUCUUAACUGUUUUUUUUCCGGGCAUUGUGUCUACUUUGUCACAUUUUUGUAAAUUUUGUUUUAUUGUUUAUACUUGUCUAGAUAAGAUAUAUAUUGAUGAGAAUGAGUUUGACAUCUCAA